CUUGAAUAAUUUGCUUGGGUUAUGGAGACUUCACAUUGAUUUCAGUCAAUGAACCUGCUUUUUUUCCUAUAUCAAAGUGUUAUUGCAUUUGAAUCUCUCCUCCCCUCUGAUCUGCAUUCCCCAUUAACCAUGGCUGAAUCAUUCAUAUUCAAUGUGGCACAAUCAUUGAUAGGAAAGCUGACUUCUCCUGCAUACAAAGCGGCUACUCAACUCAUUGGUGUGUACGAUGACUUGCAAGACUUCAAACACACUCUCUCAUACGUCAAAGCUGUGCUGUUAGAUGCUGAGCAAAAGCAAGAGCAGAACCACGCGCUGCGAGAAUGGCUGAAGCAGAUCAAGCGCGUUUUCUCCGAUGCCGAGAUCGUGCUUGACGAACUCGAGUGCGAGAUUUUGCGGAAGCAAGUUGUCAAAGCCUAUGGUACCACCAAACACAAGGUAGGUCGCUUCUUCUCGAGUUCUAAUUCGCUUGUUUUUCGUUAUAAGAUGAGUAAAAAAUUAGAAGAAAUCAGGAAAAGAUUAGAUCUGGUUGCGGCUGAUAGGAAUAAGUUUGGGCUUGAAAGAAUUGAUGCUGAUAGGCGAGUUGUGCAUAGGAGGGAAAUGACUUAUUCCCAUGUUGUUGAGUCAAAUGCCAUAGGGAGGGACUUUGAUAAAGAGAAGAUCAUAAAGCUUUUGUUGCAGGAAAAUCCGCAUAUCUCAGUUAUUCCAAUAGUGGGAAUUGGAGGUAUGGGGAAGACUACCCUUGCUAAAUUGGUGUACAAUGAUCAGAGGAUAACAGAGUCUUUUCCAUUGAAAAUGUGGAUCUGUGUUUCUGAUGACUUUGACUUCAACCAAUUGUUGAUCAAAAUUAUCAUGUGUACUAGUGAAGGAGAUCUUGCAUCUUCUUAUUCUCCUGUUGGCCAACAAAAUGUGAAAGAUUUGGAUGUGCAGCAACUGCAACAUACUCUAAGAAAAAAAAUUGCUGGGAAGAAAUUCCUACUCAUCUUGGACGAUGUAUGGAAUGAUGAUCGUGUUAAAUGGCUUGAAUUAAGAGAUUUGCUAGAAAUGAUGGGUUCUAACAAAAGUAAGAUCUUGGUGACUACUCGUAGUCCCACUAUUGCUUCCAUGAUGGGUACCGUUAGCUCUUACAAUUUAGAAGGCCUUUCUUUAAAGAAUUCAUUGUCUUUAUUUGUUAGAUGGGCUUUUAAAGAAGGUGAAGAGAAGAAGUAUCCGAAAUUGAUGAAUAUUGCGAGAGAAAUUGUGAAAAAAUGUAGUGGCGUUCCUUUGGCAAUAAGAACACUGGGGAGUUCAUUAUUUUCAAAACAUAAGAUAGAUGAGUGGGAACAUGUGCGAGAUAAUGAGAUAUGGAAAUUGUCACAAAAGGAAAAUGACAUUUUACCUGUUUUAAAAUUAAGCUAUGAUCAAAUGCCAUCAUAUUUAAAGCAUUGCUUUGCUAUGUUCUCUCUUUUCCCAAAGGAUUACGUAUUCAUCAGCGCAACUGUUUCUUCUCUUUGGGGAGCACUUGGUCUCCUUCCAUCAUCAGUAGAAAACAAGUCUUUGGAAGAUAUUGCCAAUCAAUAUUUACUUGAAUUAAUGUCAAAAUCUUUUCUUCAGGAUUUUAUUGACUUUGGGGCUGGCUAUUGUUUUAAAAUACAUGAUUUAAUGCACGAUCUUGCGAUCUAUGUUGCAAAAGAUCAGUGCGUGUGUGUCAACUUCAACGUCCAAAAUAUGCCUGAGAAUGUUCAGCAUCUGUCUUUUUUGGUAAAGCAUAUGCCUGACAAAUCUCAUAUUCCAGAAUCAGCAACUCUGAGAACUAUAUUGUUUCCUGUACAUGAAAUUGGAGUUGACGAAGCUUUUCUCAAUACAUCGGUGUUGAAGCAUAAAUAUCUAUAUAUGUUGGACUUAAGUAAUUCAACUUAUGAAACAUUACCUUGGUUCAUUCAUAAGUUGAAGCACUUAAGAUUUCUUGAUCUGCAAUAUAAUCGUAAAGUGAAGAGAUUGCCUGAUUCUAUAUGCAUGCUCCAAUGUUUGCAAACUUUCUUGCUUGUUGGGUGUACCGAGCUUGAAGUAUUACCCAGAGGUUUAGAAAAGUUAAUUAGCCUUCGACGUUUGGAGAUAACCACAAAGCAGAUUUCUUUGCCUGAGAAGGAGAUUGCAAACUUGAAGUUUCUUCAAAGAUUGCAUAUCUCGUUUAGCGAGAAUUUAGAGUCUUUAUUUCUUGGGAUAAAAUUACCUACUCUUAAGACAUUGAUUGUUGGAAAAUGUAGCAAUUUGAAGUUUCUGACAAUUGAUCCCAAGCAUUUUCCUCAAUUAGAGUAUAUCCAUAUUAAUGGGUGUGACAAGUUGGAAUUUCCAGAGGAAUAUGACUGUGGAACCAAAGACUCCAACAUGAGAUUGAAAUGUAUAUGGCUUGAAUCUUUACCACAGUUGGUGACCCUGCCUCCUUGGGUUCAAUCAUCUACAAAUACAUUACACACCUUGAUAAUUAGAGGUUGCAUCAACUUUGAGGUGUUUCCUAAAUGGCUAUCAUCUUUGAUUUGUUUGAAUAGACUUAGAAUUUGUGAUUGUCCAAAGUUGAUGUCACUCCCGAAUGAUUUUCAUUGCCUCACAGCCCUUGAACGUUUGGUAAUUGUCAAUUGUCCAAAGUUGUGUAGAAAAUGUGUGCCAGGAGUAGGAGAGUAUUGGCCCAGGAUAUCUCACAUCAAGGAAGUAAUCAUUGAUCGACCAGAACAUUUUAGAUCGGCGGUUGCGAUGGCAAACGACUAGUUGGAGCCUUUCUGUUUUUAUCAUUUUUCUUUUCGUUUAUGUCUCUUUCAAUCAAGUGGAAUGAUGAUUUAUGUGUGUGCUGAAAUCUUUCAUAAAAGUAUUGUUUGAAUAUACUUAUAUUAAUUCUUCUUCUCUCUUAUAUACACUUAUUGAAUAGUACAUUACUUGGGGGUUGUUUAAAUUAAUGCUGUUUUUUUAGUGUCUAAAAAAUGCAGCAUUUUGUUGCUUUAAUACACAUUUUUUUAAUGGAGCUACUGCUAUUAUAAGCUUUCUUUUAGAAGAAAUUUGAAACAUAUAUAUCUUUGGUAUUAAGUAAUUAAAUGAAGAACAAUUUCAUAAUAAUUUUCCUAUAUUACUGACUCAAUAACCAUAAUAGUGCAGAAAAUUUCCUCUAAAACAGAAAAACAAAGCUAAGUUUCCUCUAAAGUGUGAUGUAUUGAAUCCCCAGUGCUCCAUCCAUAUGAGGGGAAUUUAGAAAUUGACCUAGACGACAUGCUGCAUAACAGCAUAAGCUAUGUCGAGUCUGAAUUAGCUAUGUAUACGAUCCUUCAAACUAUUCUCUGUAACCAGUGAUCUCAGAUAGUGGUGUUCCACUUUCUUGCUGAACUUUUGGGUAUAGUCCAUG